AUGAACACUGUUGGCCUCUCAGGACAAAAUCACGAGGAGCUGAGGAUAGUGAUGGUGGGGAAGACUGGAGUUGGAAAGAGUGCCUCUGGAAACACCAUCCUGGGAAGAAAGUGCUUUGCAUCAAAGUUGAGUGCUAAGUCUAUGACUGUAGACUGUUCUAAGGACAGAUGUGAGGUGUUUGGACAACAGGUUGCUGUUAUUGACACCCCAGGCUUGUUUGACACCAGGUUUGGCAUGGAUAGAACAACUAAAGAUGUGACCCAGUGCAUCACUUAUGCUGCUCCUGGACCCCAUGUCUUCCUGGUAGUCAUCAGACUGGGAAGAUACACUGAAGAAGAAAUGAAGACGGUGCAGAAGAUUCAAGAAAUCUUUGGUCAGGCUGCAGACAGAUACAGCAUGGUGCUCUUUACUGGUGGUGAUCUUCUUAAAGGUACCCCUAUUGAAGAGUUCUUGGGUGAAAGUUCAGACAUACAGGAACUUAUAGCCAGAUGUAACGGCCAGUAUCAUGUCUUCAAUAAUCAGCUGAAAGAUGGAGCUCAGGUCACUGAGCUGCUCCAGAAGAUCAGAAACAUAGUCCAGAAGAACGGAGGAAGCCACUACACCAACCAGAUGUUCCAAGACGCUGAGAGGGCAGUCGAAGAGGAGAAACAACGCAUCCUCUACGAAAAAGAAGAAGAAAUACGCAGAAAACAAGAAGAACUGGAGAGGAAAAUACAGGAAAAAUAUGAGAAACAGAUGGAGAGAAUGCAUGCCCGACUCCAGGCUGAGAGAGAGAGGGAGAUGAGAGAGAGAGAGGAGGAAAGAAGGAGGGAAAGGGAGGAGAGGGAAAGGGAGAGGGAGAGAGAGAGGCAGGAAAGAGAAGCCGCAAGGGAGAGAGAGAGAGAGGAGAGAGAGAGAGAAAUUGCAAAUAUGCAGAGACAUUUAGAGGAAGAACGUGAAAGAGAACUGGAAGAGGAAAGAGAAAGACUGAGAAGGCAAAGACAGCUGCAGGACAACAAUGAUUGUACAAUUCUCUGA